GAUUUAAUUUUGUGAUUUUUGGAGAUGUAUUUCUAUUUUUAGAAAUUGUUAUAAUAUUUGUUUUAAUUAAAUAAAAAUCUUUCCGAGAGAUUUUUAAGGGUUUGAUAAUUUUCCAGAGUAUAGGGGCUCAUGAUUGACAUGGGAAAAUUAUUAUCCGAAUUUUUAAGAAGGUUCUAGUUAGGUGGAAAAUUCGUCCAAGACUAAAAUAAUCAAGAAAAAUGGUCGUUUUUGAAGGGUUUAAUUCUAGAAAAUUUUAAUGGGGGUUAAAGGACCCUUGGAGUGAGGUUCAAGGAUUGGAGUUUGAGGAGAGGUUGUUCUAGUGAUUCAAAAGGGGUUUUAAAUCAAGAAAGGUCGUCUAAGAAAAUAGAUUCUUAUUAAUAGGUUUCCCCAAGAUAAUCCGGCUAAGGAGGCGUUUCUUCGAGGAAGGAAUUGAGGAGUCAUCUUUUCGAGUUGAGUGUAAAGGGGGUAAAAUCUCUGUCGAUGUCCUUUAGAUUUAUGCCUUUUAUUUCAAGUUAUUAUUUAGUUAAUUUUUCUAGUAUGCGCGAUAUGUGUGUGAGGCAUCCUACCGCCUGUAAGGGUGGAGGCACGCGUAGUGCUAUGUAUGGAUGUAUGAUUGUAAUAGUGGAUUGAUGGUAUGAGGAACCCCCGGGCGGUUGGGUCACUACUGGACGACGAGACGUAACGCAGUGCCAUUGCCGAGUUUGGGUAUGCAACCGGACGGCGAGAUGUAACGCGGUUGACAUACUAGGGUAGGACACCGGACGGCGAGACGUAACGCGGUGGUCCUACCUAGUGUUUUGUGUUUGAGUUAAGGAUAGAAGGCGAGCACUCUUAGGAGUUAAUGUUGAAAUGAGUUGAUAAGAAUGAUUAUUUAAGAGCAGAAAGCGAGAACGACUUUCAUGCUAAGAAGGCAUUCCCCUAAUAACGUGUUUAGUAAGGAGUUUGCCUAGGGCAAAGACCUUAGGAAGUAACGACGAGACAGACCCUUUCUCACUCACCAGGUUGAGGAUAGUCUAGCAGAAGUGGAUCACGAGGAGAAGCAGGGCGAGGCGAGCAGCAGUACCAGCGUCGACGGGACAUCGGAAAGCUCGUGAGGAGUCAAGUUAGAUUAGUUAAUUAUUCUGUUUCAUGGUUAUUAGUAUAAACUGGAGAUUCUGUGUUAAGUCGUUUUAAGUGUUUGAAAUUGAGAAUUUUGCCCAAGUGCUGGGGCUUUUCGUUGAAAAAAUUCUUAAAUAAUGUCAGUUUGUUUAUUUUAAAAAGUGGUUUGGUUGCUCCGGAGUAACCGGUUUUUGGUUUGAGUUAUGCUUUGGUUUUUGAAAAGAGACGGGACGUGUCAUUUUGGUAUCAGAGCCGGCAUUCCUCUGUUUCUUGGUCUCCAAGGAAUAUUGGGGUGACGAUCUGGGUUUUCAAAGGUUUAGUUUUAAAGGAAAAAAAGGAACUUUCAAGAAAAAUGGUUGGCCAACCGAUUUGAAAAGGUUUAUAGAGUCCCCAGUAUAAUCAAGCAUGAUAAGACAUUAAUGUGAUUCUAAUAAGGGUACUACUUACUUGCAGAGCAAGUAACACCAAUGUUAACCGCCCGACAGUUAGGCAACCCCCGAAUUAUGAGGCUUUGCGAAAGCGAGGAGUGGUUGAUUUUGACGGGGACCGCUCGAAGGAUCUAGUGAAGUAGAGAAAUGGCUGGCGAAGGUCUCGCGCACGUUGACUGAAAUGAGGGCAGAUGAUGAGGAUAGGGUGCUACUGACGGUAUCCCUGUUCCAGGAUUCAGCAUACAAUUGGUGGUGCACCCUUCCAGCUAGUCAGGAAGACCCACCAGCUAUCACUUGGCCAGAGUUGGUGCGGGUGUUUCGGGAUCACUAUGUACCAGAGGCCUAUCGACUGAGCAAAAAGAGGGAAUUUUCGCUGAUCAAGCAAGGAUGGGGCAAUGAAGGAGAGGAGGGUGUUGCAGAGUACACCUCCAGGUUCGAGAAGCUACUGCCCUAUGGGGGACCCCAGUUCCAGGAUGCGACAUCUCAACGUGCCCACUAUUUGGAGAGUUUGAAGUCUGCCCUUAAGAAGCAGUUGAGCAUGCUGGCAUGGAACAGUCGGGAGGAGAUUUAUCAGGCGGCUCUUCGGAUAGAGAGGGCUGACACAGCUGUGCAUGAAGAAGGGAUACAGCGAGAGGGAAUCAAGAGAAAGGCAAGUAGCAUGCCAGAGUGGUCCGGCCAGCCCAGUCAGUACAGAAGGAGGCCGAGCGAUACCGUUAGCUUUGUGGGUACUCAGAGUCAAACCGGCUCGGUCCGGCCUGGUCAAACUUUCAGCAACAGGGCUCUCUGCAACCAAUAUGGGCGGCAUCACUCAGGGGAGUGUAGGCAGCCCCCCAGGGUCUGCUAUAACUGUAACGAGCCUGAGCAUUUUGCCAGAGAAUGCCCCUGGAGAGGCGGACAAGGGAUGGCUCGGUCCGAGCAGUCUGUCCGGGGUAGUGGAGCGAGGACUCACACAGGACCACGGUUUGGCGGCCAACCAAACCGCUCUUUCCAGAGCCAGGGAGGACGCACUGGGCGCUUCGACCGUACCGAUCGGGACAGAGACCAGGGGCCUCCAACAGGAGGACAACCGAGGGUAUUUGCCAUGCGAGGGAUAGAGGGAGGAAAUGGUGACGGUGGAGGGGACGAGCAAGCACAUUGAUGUGAUCAUGUGAAGAAAGGGGGAGACUGUGGAGAAGGAGUAUUUGCUUUAAGCAUAGACCGCUAGUUGGUUGUUUUAUUCGAAUGACGCACUUUCAGUUUUAGUACUCGGUACCAAACCUAUUAAAUAAGUUCGGACAAAAAUUUCAAGGUCGAAAUUUUUUUGAAGGGGGAGGGAAAUGUUAUAUUCUUGCUUGAGAAGUUUUAGUGAAACACCAAAAGUUUUAGACCUAGCAAUUAUCUUUCCAAUUCCAAAUUUCGGGGACGAAAUUUUUGUAAGGGUGGAGGAAAUGUAACAUCCCGGUAUUUUAGAUUUGGGUUCGACCAUAGUUAAUUAACGGUUGGUUUGACGGUUACGUACUAAGAGUUACAAUCGCGGAUUAAGAAUAAUAAUAUUAUAACAUUAUUAUUAUUAUUAUUAUUAUAUUAUUAUUGGAAAAAAUAAUAUAUAACCAGGCGGAGGGCUGAGCACCCUCACGCCACCAAAACACCUUACCCCCUUAAUCAAUUAUUCCCCACCCCCCAUCCUAUUCCUCCCCCUUAAUAAGCAGCAGCAGCCGCGGAGAAAUCAAAACAAAAAGGAGCCCCGCCGGCCGCCGCCCCUAUCCCUCCUCCGUCUCGCGCAUCAGGAGGGUCGAGUCGCCCGGAAAUUCAAAUUGUCCAAAAACAUAGCGGCAAGGAGAUCAACGUCCUAGGCCAUCCAACCUAGGCCUAGGCACGUUCUAGAGGUAAGAGAACUCGAUCCCUUUGAGUUAGCUCGAUUGAUUUGGUGAUUUUUUGUGAGGGUAGAAUUUUGGGUUUUUAGCAACAGGCUUUAUAGGCUUUUAGUGACAGAUAUUGAUUAGUCACUAAAACUGCUGGGAAUUUCCAGAAACGUAUUGUUAGACGUUUUAAAUUUUUUCGAGCCUUUCUGAAGGCUGUUUUCUGAAUCUAACAAUUUUAUAAAUUGAGAUACGUCUAGGAGAUGAUUUUGAUUUAAUUUGGUGAUUUUUGGAGAUGUAUUUCUAUUUUUAGAAAAUUUUCUAAUAUUUGUUUUAAUUAAGUAAAAAUCUUUCCGAGGGGUUUUUAAGGGUUUGAUAAUUUUCCAGGGUAUAGAGGCUCAUGAUUGACAUGGGAAAAUUAUUAUCCAAAUUUUUAAGGAGGUUCUAGUUAGGUAGAAAAUUCGUCCAAGACUAAAAUAAUUAAGAAAAAUGGUCGUUUUUUAAGGGUUUAAUUCUAGAAAAUUUUAAUGGGGUUAAAGGGCCCUUGGAAUGAGGUUCAAGGACUGGAGUUUGAGGAGAGGAUGUUCUAGUGAUUCAAAAGGGGUUUUAAAUCAAGAAAGGUCGUCUAAGAAAAUGGAUUCUUAUUAAUAGGUUUCCCCAAGAUAAUCCGGCUAAGAAGGGGUUUCUUCGAGGAAGGAAUUGAGGAGUCAACUUUUCGAGGUAAGUGUAAAGGGGGUAAAAUCUCUGUCAAAGUCUUUUAGAUUUAUGCCUUUUAUUUUAAGUUAUUAUUUAGUUAAUUUUUCUAGUAUGCGCGAUAUGUGUGUGAGGCAUCCCACCGCCUGUAAGGGUGGACGCACGCGUAGUGCUAUGUAUGGGUGUAUGAUUGUAAUAGUGGAUUGAUGGUAUGAGGAACCCACGGGCGGUUGGGUCACUACUGGACGGUGAGACGUAACGCAGUAGUUGACGGGCAUGGACUGAACGACGAGACAUAACGCAGUGCCAUUGCCGAGUUUGGGUACGCAACCGGACGACGAGACGUAACGCGGUUGGCAUACUAGGAUAGGACACCGGACGACGAGACGUAACGCAGUGGUCCUAGUGUUUUGUGUUUGAGUUAAGGAUAGAAGGCGAGCACUCUUAGGAGUUAAUGUUGAAAUGAGUUGAUAAGAAUGAUUAUUUAAGAGCAGAAAGCGAGAACGGCUUUCAUGCUAGGAAGGCAUUCCCCUAAUAACGUGUUUAGUAAGGA